CAUUCAAAGGCUUGACUGUUCCAGUUCUGUGUAACCUGUGUUCGUGUUCGCUAACCUGGCGAAGUACCUGUCUAGGACAAUUUGUGACUUGUGUGAAUUGUGUGUUUAUCCCAUGGUCUUUACGUUGGAUUUCCUGGAAUACAUUCCUUGGGAUGCAAAGGUGAACUGGAAACUUGUAAAGACCGGUAAUACUGAUGUGUAUGUUGUUGUUGUUGUUGAACUGUCUGUAAAACUGUACGUCUCAUUUUAUAUAUAAAGCAUUGUUUACAUUGUAAUAUUGAGUCACUGAGUCUGUUUUCUGUUGCCGUUUUCAAUACCGUAACAGAAAUUGGGGGCUUGUCCGGGAACCGAUUGUUUCCCUUUUGUUUUGCACCGGAUAUUUGAAGUUAAACACAAGUGAGAAGCGAUUGCUUAAUUUUAACGGUGAAUGAUUCAGUGGCUAAAUAUUUACAAUGGGAGAUUUUGAUCCUAAACAGUUUGUUAAUGCGCCCGAUCAGGAUGUUUUUGAGAGUUUAAAGAAGGAAGACUUGGUUAAGUUAGGGACAUUUUUAGGUUUGUCCAUAAAGUCUUCAUGGAGGAAAAGAGAUAUGCAGCAUACUUUGUUGAAACAUUUAGUGGAGAUAGGCAAGUUUGAUAGUUCUGCAUUAUCAGAUUAUGAGUUCGAGGGUCAGUCUGAUGCUGAGCUUAAGUUUAAGCAGUUUGAGUUAAAGUUGAGAUUGGAGAAAGAGGAAAGAGAGAAAGAGAGGGAACAUGAGAGAGAGAGGCAAGAGAAAGAGAGGGAACAUGAGAUAGAGUUAGAAAAGUUGAAAAUGCAGAGAGAGAGAGAGGAGAGAGAAAUGCAAGAAAGAGAGAGGGAAAGAGAAUUGGAGUUCCAAAUGAAAAAGUUAGAGGUUGAGAGAGGUGAGAAACCGGGUCCUUCCGGUAGACAGGAUUCAGGAUUUGAUGUGACCAAAUACAUUCGGUUAGUUCCAUCCUUUCAGGAAAAAGAGGUGGAUAAGUAUUUUCUGCAUUUUGAGAAAAUUGCAAAUAGUUUGAAGUGGCCUAAAGAGUUCUGGACUAUGUUAUUACAGAGUGUGCUAAUUGUAAAGACCAUGGGAUAAACACACAAUUCACACAAGUCACAAAUUGUCCUAGACAGGUACUUCGCCAGGUUAGCGAACACGAACACAGGUUACACAGAACUGGAACAGUCAAGCCUUUGAAUGACGUCACACCCGCAGAGCACAACACAGGGUAAAUACAGGCAUGGAGGUAUAAUCCACUUCAGAUCAGUCACAGCUCCCGCAGAAGCUCACAAACGAGCCGUUCAGAGACGUAGAGUAAUGUCACCUUGUGGCAGAACGAACGUCCUUUGCAAAACUGAAAACUUCAGUUUAGAGUCCUUGACGACCUUGUCGGUCAGGUGAGGUCAGCGUGUUAAACAAAUUACACAGUCCACACUGUAUAAUCAUAAUAAAGAUCCGAACACCAAUAAACGUGACUUCCGCAGAAAUUCACAUAAACCAGACAUCAGUACUACUGUGGUACACAAACGGUGCCGGCAUAAAAAAACUGUCCUCCCAAAUGAAACUGGCAUCACCAGCUCAUAUCAAAAUAAUGGACUCGAUACGAGAGCGUCUCACACUCUCCUGGCUCCCAGUGGAUGCAGCAAAAAAUCCUCCCCUCUGCACAGAAAACACGGCUUAUAUACGUGCCAGGUGGAUUCAACUAUUCUUAGACACAGAAUUAACAGCCAAUGAACAGCCAGUUAAAUAAACAGAGCAUUGAACACGGUGCUUUCGGCCAGGUUCGCGCUGUACAUAUAUAACAGGGCCUGUUAUGCUUAUAACAUAUAACACCAAGGUCCGCAGACUAACAGUACAUGAAAACAUUAAAUAGUCAUACAUAACACAGAUAAUCGGCCUGACAGUGAAGACAGCAUUAACAACUAGAGGAAGAGUCUGAAUCAGCUGAAGCUAGUGAUAGUGGUUGAUUUCUUUUUAUCCAGAAAACCGAGCUUAUCAUCCAACAGACUGAGUUUAUCAUAGAUGGAAGGAAAGUGAAGAAGGGAUUGUCAAGGCUCACUUCAAUGUUAUAUGGGUGACAAUUAAAAAGGAUUCCCAGGAAAGAGAGAAAUCAACGUUUUUCUGAAGGAUAAUCUGUUUGUCUCAUUUCCUGUCAAACCAUCAAGCCAAGGUUAUGAAUGAGAAAUAUAAGCACAGAGUAAAGGUAAAAAUAUAACUUUUUGUAGUUAACCUAGUCACUAGGUUCACAAAGCUUCACUAUACUGGCCUUUCUGAGUUGUACAAAUAAGCUGCGCGUUUUUGGUUAAAAUUUAGAAUUUGCUUGGCUCAUCUGACAUCAUCAUGGCAGUACUUAAGAUUUUCUCGAAGUGUGCGUGUUACUUAAUUUGAACUGCGAUAUCUCGGUAAUUACUCAUCAUAAAUAAAGAGACAAGGUUUUUAAACUCAGGGGUGGAAACUUUAUGAUCUCGUUUAUACCACAGUCUGUUUUUGUUUGUUCUUGUCAUUUAUUUAUCAUUAAAUUCAUUAAUUCAUUAAAAAUUUCAUAAAUUAUAAUGAAUUAAUUAGAUGCUCUCUGUAACAUUGUGAACUGUGGUCUGAUUUCAAUACGUUAUUUCUUUGGUUUGCUGUUUGGAAUGUCAUGUAGUUGCCUAUGCAUGUAUGUAGCAGAAUAAUAUGUAGUCUCAUUCUGUGAUUCUCAGUCACAUUUGAAAUAUCUCUCUGAGCGAAUAUUUUAUUACAUUCAAUCGAGGAAACUGCUUAUUUGACUAGUAAUGAUGAGAUUGAGAAGAAAUGACAGCGUAGUUGUGUGUAGUGAAAAUAGAGACCCAUUGCCACAGUCCAGUCUUUACAUAUAUUUCGCAAUGGCUGGGCACAAUUUUCAAAAAAAAAAACAAGACGAAUAUCAGUCAUCUUCAUUCAAAGGCUUUGUUGAGUUUGAGCUUGUGUAGUGAGGCUUCCAUUUUAACUCUGUUUCCGCAUGAGGUUGUAAGUAAAGGUCGGCCAAGUAAGCAUAAGAUCAUGCUCAUCAUUAUGGAUUUACGGUUUGGUGUCAGCGAACAAAAUUAAAUUGUGUGGCUGGUUGAAAAAUGUUUUGCAAUCAUGUAUAUAGGAGUGUAAUUAAAUUGUAUGUCAAAAUGCUGAGUAGAAUGUGUUAGUUAAUAGCAGAUUGUUGAAUUAGUUGAUGUUUUAGAUGAGAGUCCUGUAACAUAACCAGGUUUAGCUCCACAUAUGGUUCUGUAUUCCACAACAUUACUUGUUCUGUUCGAUUCAUAAUUUUAAUCACUGACUGUACUAAAGUGAAAUAUACAUAGAUGUGGCACAAACACCAUUAAAAAACCUCACGUAUCACAUGAAAAUUACCUUGAAUUGUGAGCAUUUAAGAUAGGAUCACCUUUGUACACACUCCAUGCCCAUGUUUUUGUGAAUCAUGAAAGUGACAAUAAAUGCAGCUAUGUUCAAUAAGA